AAGCCUGUCUAGUCCGCUGCAGGACUCUUUGGCUUCUCCGCUACCCCUCCAAAGUCACUUCUCGUCGAAUAAUCAAUUAGUGUCCCAUUCCGGUACCCGAACCGCUUGAAAUCCCCUCCUAGCCAAAACCUUGUUAUAUUUCUUUUAAGGGCCACCUCGUUACUUCUAGACCAAUUGAAAAUCACAGCUCCGGGAGAGAGAGAGAGAGAGAAGAAAAAAAAAAGAAAAGAAAAGAAAAGACGGGGUGUCUUAAGCCACAAUGCCGCGAGACAAGGAACGUUCCGUUAACCCUGCCAUGGCGCAGCGGAAAUUGGAGAAGCAGAAGAGUCUCAAAAAAGGCAAGGCUGAGGCGCUCGUCCGCCGAAAUGAAAAAUUGGCCCGUCGCAAUCCAGAGCGCAUCCAGCGGCAGAUCAACGACCUGAAAGAAAUGGAGCAGUCUGGACAGAGCUUGCGGCCACGUGAGAAAGAGAUUUUGGAAGCUCUGGAACGGGAUCUGCGGGCCGUGCUGAAAGCCCGCGAAGCUCUAGGUGAUAAGGCGCCCAAAUUUGAAGGCGCGCAGCACAGGCGGGGACCUGAUGGCCACCCCCGCGAACGAAGGGAUGGAGGCGUACUGGGGAAACGGAGGAGAGAUGGCUACGAACACUCUGGAGAGCAAGAAAAUGACAGCAGCGAAACGGACGAGGAGGUAAGAAGGAUACCCAUGCCACGGGAUACACCUCCGCCUAUCCCACGCGAAUACCAGAGGAGAAGAGAAGCAAAUGCAAACAGCGAGAAUCGCCAUGGUGGCCGGGGUCCGCACUCCCUGCCCGCACGACCUACAGCGGCGGUAGAAUCAAGGACGGUAUACGAGGCAAAACCCGAAAUUCGAGAUCUCCGACAAGAGGCCAUUAAUAAAUUUGUCCCAGCAGCUGUACGAAUGAAGCAGGAGUCUAUAAGAGGCCAAGGGAAGCUAUUAGAGCCAGAGGAGAUGGAUAAACUCGAGCAGGCAGGGUAUCAUGCUGGUCCUGCGGAAAAGGAAAGUGGGACAACGACAGUAUCCGACGCGGCCACUGAAGACAACCAGGCAAGGCUACUAGAGGAAGAGCGGCGGUUUAACCAAGAGCUCAGGUCCGUCCAGAUCGAAGAAGUCGAGGACGAGGAAGCAUGAUGCCCCCUGGGGACCCGAAGAACAAAAAUGAUGAUCUAAAUAAUGACUACGACUGGGAUCCCCCGUGCUUGGGGCUAACAUGGACAAGAAAGAAGCCCCUAUUUUAUCUGGUCUUAAUAUAUAUAUAUAUACAUUUAUGUAAUACCACCGGCUGAAACCCAAAUCAAAUGUAUUACCAUCCAGCUCCGACAGUCGAACCGAUCGGAUCAUUUGGUGCCUUUCGAGCAACAAGCUUGAGAAUUCGCCACAUAGACCUUGUUUACUAGUAAUAGUAGUAGUAGUAGUAGUAGUAGUAGUAGUAGUCCACGCAUUUCGAUCGCCUUGCAAACUCACUCACUUGCCUUGAGAGGUAUCCAGAUCGAUAGGUAGACUUGGUUUUUUCCAAGGCAGUGCCAGUGCCUAGCUGGUAGGUACCUAGGUAGUUAGCUAGUUAUAUCCCCCUUCCUUUUUCAAGC